GAAAAUGACAUAAUUUUACGAAGAGCGAGCGAAUAUCCAACGCUUAUAUGUGGAGCUGCGAAAACUGCGAGAUUAAAAUAAAAAAUAAAACAUAAACGAAUCGUAAAUAUGUGAAAAAGUUGUGGGAAGUUAUGAGGAAUUAGAUAAAAAUUAAGUAUUCCCAAUUGGAAAGUAAAAAAUAGUAAUUGUGGCAAGUAAGCAUCGUCGAAGAUAAAGAUAGAAUUUGAGUAAAGUGAAGCCGCCGCAACUGCGUCACUCAUUGGAAAACGCGAGUGAAGCAGAAAAAAAAAAAAACGCGAAUCGAGUAAUAUAAUAAAGCGAAUGAACAUAUUUUGUGCAAAUGUAAGUGCUUGUUUUUUGUUUUGUGAACAAUUUAAAAUUAUCAUAAAAGUGGAGACAAUUGUUGUAAAAGAAAUAAACUGGAUUUCUACUAAAUCUAAUAUUUAAAAGUGUGAAGCAGCAGAAUUAACAGCGCAUAGCAAAAGUUUAGAAGAGUAGAAGGCAAAGGAAAGCAACGUAGCGCUUAAAAAAGAGAAGAAAAGACAUUGGAAUUUGUUAAAUGCAUUCCCUUCGGAAAGUGAAAAGGUGACAAAUUGAUGAAAGUAUCAAUCAAGGAGAGAGCAAACGCCCUGCAAGUUCCUGAUUGCAUGAAAUUCGCCAAACGGUGGCCCUGCUGGAAAAUCAAUUUUACCUACUUCUUGUUUGUGUCGAAGGAUCAAAAAUUUACAUUUGAGUUGUUGCAAGAACCGAAGAAACAACUACUAAAAUCAGCUUAAUUGGCACAGCUGCUGAUUCGUUAUCAUUAAUAGCAGUAGGAAAUUAGUUUUUUGCUCGCACCGAUAAAGAUUAAACAACGCGGCAGAUUGCCGUGGCCGCGCACUACUCAUCUAUAGAAAUUCAAUACUCCAAAAAUCGGCAUUAUGGCGUAUCGCAAACCGAACGAUUUGGAUGGAUUCAUUCAAAUGAUGCCUAAGGCGGAUAUGAGAGUUAAAGCUCUACUCGCCGAAGACUUGGUCACAUUCCUUAGUGAUGAGACGAAUUCAAUUGUUUGCAUGGAUAUGGGAAUGCUAGUCGAUGGCCUUAUGCCGUGGCUAACGGGCAGUCAUUUUAAAAUAGCACAAAAAUCGUUGGAAGCAUUUUCAGAACUGAUAAAAAGGCUUGGACCUGAUUUUAAUGCAUACAAUGCAACUGUGUUGCCACAUGUUAUAGACCGUCUGGGCGAUAGCAAAGAUACCGUACGUGAGAAAGCACAAUUGCUAUUACAAGUGGUUAUGGAGUACAAAGUAUUGGCCCCACAAGCUACCAUCGACAAAUUGGCAGCAUCUUGCUUUAAACAUAAGAAUUCUAAAGUUCGUGAGGAGUUUUUGCAGACUAUUGUAAAUACACUGAACGAAUAUGGCACCUCACAAUUGAGUGUACGCACUUAUAUACAACCAAUUAGUGCGCUGCUAGGCGAUCCCACAGCAACCGUGCGUGAUGCAGCUAUACAAACGCUUGUAGAAAUUUACAAGCAUGUAGGUGACCGUCUGCGUGCAGAUCUACGAAAGAUGGAUGAUGUUCCUGCGUCAAAAUUAGCUUCGCUUGAGCAGAAAUUCGAUCAAAUCAAAGCGGAAGGACUUUUACUGAAGUCGGCAUUGCAGACCGCAGCGUCUGCUAAUAAUGGGCACGAUGAGGGGGACAACGUGAGCGCACGGGAUCGUCCAACAAAAAUUGUUAAACGUACUGUAUCCGCGUCAAUGCGAGCCAAGCCAAGUUCAUCGGAAUCAAAUGCUGGUGGCGAUGCUGGCGCCAUAACUGCGGAUAUUUUCGAAUCAACAUUCGAAGUUGUGCCACAAUUAACUAUUUUUCACCCAAAAGACAUGGAUGAUAUUUAUAGAAAUAUUAUUGUUGUGAUUAGUGAUAAAAAUGCUGAUUGGGAGAAACGCAUAGACUCGUUAAAGAAAGUUCGUUCAUUACUAAUGCUGAAUAUACAAUCACAACCGCAAUUUGUUGCGCAGCUAAAAGAUCUGUCGAUACCAUUCCUUGAUAUCCUCAAGGAGGAAUUGCGCUCGCAAGUCAUUCGCGAGGCAUGCAUUACAAUAGCCUACAUGUCGAAAACUCUACGCAACAAACUCGAACCAUUUUGCUUGGCUAUUUUAGAGGCGCUUAUUAAUUUGAUACAAAAUUCGGCUAAAGUGAUUGCCUCUUCAUCGAUAAUUGCACUCAAGUAUAUUAUAAAGUAUUCUCAUUCGCCGAAAAUGAUUAAACUCGUUACCGAAACAUUGCAACAGUCCAAAUCUAAAGACAUUCGUGCUACAUUGUGUGAAAUGCUUUGCUUGAUGUUCGAUGAGUGGCAAACAAAAACGAUGGAGCGUUGUUCCCAACAACUUCGUGACGUUCUCAAACGGUCUAUAGGCGAUGCAGAUAACGAAGCACGACGUCAUUCGCGACGUGCUUAUUGGAAAUUUCGACGGCACUUUCCUGAUCUAGCCGAUCAAAUCUACACUACACUAGAUAUUGCAUCACAACGGGCAUUAGAACGGGAACGUGAUGGUGGCAAUGUUGCCGUAGAACCUGAACGUCGCUCUGCAGCUGCAACUACACGAUUUCAACGUUCGCCAGGUUCACUACAAAAGCCUGCGGCAGGAAUGCGUAGCGUAUCGGCUGUGGAUACCGCCGCUGCACAACGUGCCAAAGCUCGCGCUCAAUACUCGUUCUAUCCACGAAAAAAAUUAAGCACUGCUAACACCGCUGCUGCGCCAGCCAAUUCCGGAACAACAAGUUCAGCUGCCACCGGUUCUUUACCGCGUCCACGGUAUAUGGGAGGUGGUGCAACGACAACGUCAGGCGCAGGGACGCAACUAACUACCGGCGUUUCUCCGCGUACCCGAGGUCGCGCUGGAGUGUCACAGUCACAACCUGGUUCUCGCUCCACUUCGCCCAGUUCCAAACUGCGAGAACAAUACGGCUAUAGACCCAUAACUGGAACCAUACCGAAAAAAGCUUCGGGCAUACCUCGUUCGUUGACCAGUUCGCGCGAAACGAGUCCCACCCGCGUCGCCAUGAAGCGGAGUAUUUAUGCCACAAAUAGUGCGUCGAACUCCGCACGACGAACACCUGAUCGUAGCAAUUCACGUUCGCUGGCUGCAGCACGUAUUUUACAACAAAGCCGCGAGGCUGAGACUGCAUUAGCAGAUGCUCUUUCGCCAGAAGCGGAGCGAGUUAUUGAUUAUGGCGAGUAUUCGCGCGGAUAUACAGCUGGCUUGCGAAUGGGUCGAAAGUUGUUGUCGCGCGACGAGUCCGACGACUCCGAGGCAUCGUCGGUGUGUUCGGAGCGGUCGUUUGAUUCGUCAAUGACGCGUGGCAACAAUUCGAAUUAUUCGUUGUCAGGCUCACGAAAUAGAUUAGAUUGGAGUUGCACGCGCGCACCGUUCGACGACAUCGACACAAUUAUACAAUACUGCGCCUCGACGCAUUGGUCGGAUCGCAAGGAUGGAGUUAUCAGUUUAACUCAAUACCUUGCCGAUGGCAAUCAGCUGACACCACAACAACUACAGGCAGUGCUGGACAUGUUCCGUAAAUUAUUCAUGGAUCCACACACAAAGGUGUACUCUCUGUUUCUUGACGCAGUUACUGAGCUGAUUCUUGCACAUGCCAACGAUCUGCAGGACUGGCUUUUCGUAUUACUCACGCGGUUAUUUAAUAAACUUGGCACAGAGCUGCUCAACUCAAUGCACAUUAAAAUCGGCAAGACAUUGCAAGUGGUGCACGAAUAUUUUCCAACUGAUCAACAGCUUCGAGAUGUCUUCCGCAUACUCGCUGACACGGCACAAACCCCCUGCACCAAAACAAAGAUAGCCAUAUUGAAAUUCCUCACAGACUUGGCAACCAGUUACUGCAAGUCCACUGAUUUUCCCUCCGAGGAUGGACCAUUAGCGGUUGAUAAGGCUGUGCUGAAGAUCGUUCAACAAGCUGGUGAUCCCAAAAGCAAAGAUCUACGUGAUCAAGCGCGUAAGUGUCUCAUUGCGCUCUACAAUCGCAACACACCACAGAUGACUAAGUUACUGUCUAGCCUACCAAAGGGCUAUCAAGACACCGCCAAGGCCAUUAUACAGUCACAUUUGCGACGCAAUAGCACUUCAGGCACAAAUUCGCCAUCUUCACCACAUUCAAGUGCCAGUCCCAAGCCACUGCAAAGUCCAUCGCUUGGACCAUUCUCUUCGCUACAACCACAAUACAAUACCACCAGUCCACGCUCGCGACAACCCUCUGUGGACCAUGAACUCUAUUCGGAGGCAGAUGUGCAGCAUAACAUACACAAAACAUCGGAAGAAAUCCGAAAUUGCUUUGGUGUUGGUGUCGGCAUAGAGACAUCAUCCAACAAUACCCGGCAAUACCAUUCGCUCUCCAAUGCCAAUGGCUAUAACGGCUAUCUGCAUGAUCAGCAAGAUUCGUGCGCUUCUUCCAAUUCAAAGACGCAGUCAGCCACCACAACCGAAUCGAACACACCCGAAAGCACCACUAUGCGUUUAGAUGCUAACUUGUUGGAGCAGCACCAACGUAUGACCACAAAUGCAGUGCUAACAACUGCAACACCCAAUGCCAACACACCAGUCGUUGGUGGCACUGCAAAUCACGCCGCACGUUGUAAUUACACCGUAACCUCGAACGGUGAGCUUUUGCUCGAGAAUGGUUUGGCUGAAAGCGAAAUUAUACGCGUCGCAUGUGCAUUGAAAGCAGAUAUGCCCGUGGAGCAGAUCCAACAGGCGCUCACCAAUUUGGAAAUUUGCAUUAAAGGCGGCAACUGCGAACUCCCGAACAAACAUUUUCGUGCUAUAAUGAAAAUGCUACUCGGUCUAUUGGAUUCGCAAACCGCCGAUGUGAUGAUCGCCGUUAUAAGUGUGCUGGGCAAGAUCGUGCGUAGCACCAAAAUGAAGGAAACCUGGAUCAAUUUCCUCGAGCUGAUAUUGCUGCGGAUAAUAAACUGUUAUCAGCACAGUAAGGAAACCGCACGAGAAAUUGAUUUGAUUAUACCGCGUAUUGUGUCAUCAUUGCCGCUGAACGCCACCAUCAAUAUUGUAAAUCCCGUUAUUGCAACUAGUUGCUAUCCACUGAAUUUGUGCGCAGUGAAAUUACUCACUGAGCUGGCAGAUCGUCACGGCGCCGAAUUGACGGAAUUACAUUUAGACAGUAUAUUCCCGAAUUUGGCGCGUCUCACCGACGACGGUGAAUCGAUGGUACGAAAGGCCGCUGUUUUUUGUAUCGUCAAACUCUACAUAGUGAUGGGCGAGGAAAAGGUAAAACCGAAACUAUCGGUGUUGAAUCCGAGCAAAGUGCGUUUGCUAAACGUUUACAUUGAUAAACAACGCAGUAACAGCGGUGGUGGCAGUUCAACGAAAAACUCAUCAGCAUCAUCGUCAUGAUUGCGUCGCACGUAGAUGUCGACGCGUGAAGAUCUGGAUGCAGACCAACGGCAGUUGCAGCAGCGACAACGAUACCAGCAGCCAUGAAGAGCAAUGGAUGAGAUGCUACAACACUGGAGCCGGGGCCGUUUAUUAAAGAUUAGCCGUUGUAUGUGGUCGGUGUGUAUGUGUGUGCGUGCGUACGUGUUUGUAUGUGUAUUUGUUAAAACAAAAAAAAAAAACAAUUUCUUUAUGUAGGUAAAAGCAUUAAAUGCAAUACUAUAACACUGAAGCAGCUUACAGCAUUGCCAAAGUGGAGCUGCAAGUAUGUGUAUCGAAAAUCUUUUGAAGAUUUCAUUACUUUGAGAAUUGUUUCUAAAGUACAACACAAGAUUCGAUUCAACAAAACUUUUUAGGCGUUUUUUAGGUUAGCAGAGUUGGUGGUCACAAAAGCAAGGUUACAUUUCAGAAAGUGUUGACCGUUAGAAUUUUAUGUUAGAAGUUGCCUAAAAAUAUUAAUAAAUUUAGCCUGCUUUGCAUUUAUACUACAACUCGAUACCACUCCACUUUGGCUUAAGUGCGACAGCUUAGUAUGUUAGAAACAACUGCUUGAUGAGUUUGCAUUAGAAA